AUGGACGUUUUCGAGAGAAAGUACAAGCAUCUGACGGAUAGUUGGAGCCUGGGCGAAGAUGAUGAUGAGCCCGAAGAGGAUGAGGAGCCGAGCUCUAUGUAUCACCCCACGGGUCCGGUCUACGAAGGCCGGGGGGAUGACAUGGACGCCGGCCAGACGCAGUGGUGGAUUGACGACCAUGGGCUUCUGUCUCUGCGUGCCGACGACGGAGACGAUCGUUGUGGCCUCAAUGUUCUCCGGCAGGUACUCGACACCGCGAACGAAGGCCUGGGCGGAAAGCGUGAAGUGGUCAGCCUCUUAGGGGGCGAAGGUGGAAAUGACUACGAUUCUGAUGGCGAUGAAUAA